AUGGUAAAUAUUAGUAGUUUAUUUUUGAGUUUUUUCUUACUUCUUUUCCUUCUUUUUUCCCAUUUGUUUUUUUUUUUUUUGUUUAUUUUUCUUUAUCUUCUUCCUUUUUUUUCUUUUUCUUUUCUUACAGAUUUUCUUUUCUCCUCCUUUUUGCUUCCUCUUCUUCCUCUUCACCUGCUUCUUUUUUCUACUUUCUCUGCUAUUUUUAUUCAUGUCUUUCUUUUUUUCUUCUUUCGUUUCUUCUUUCUUUCUUUCUUAUUCUCCCCCUUCCUCCUCUUCCCCCUCCUCCUGUUAUUCGUCUGCCUAUUUUUUUUUCGACAUUUCCUCCUGUUAUUCGUCUAUUCCUCUUCCACUUUUUUUUUUCUUACCUUUUCUUUUUGUUCCUUCAUCUUUUGUUCUUCCUUCUUCUUCAAAUUAACUUUCUUUAUCACCUUCUUUCUUGUUCUUCAUUUUCUUAUUAUUUUCUUUCAUUUUUCUUUACACUUCAAAUUCUUUAUUUACCUUUUUCGAUAUCCAAUCUUCACCUCUUUCUUCGUCUUCAUUUUCAUUCAACUUCUUUUUCAUCCUUCUUCUUUUUUCAUUUUUCAUCAUCAACAUCCAUUUCCUCAUCCGCAUCUUUUCUUCUUCUUGCGUCUCCUAUUCCUUUCUUCCGUCUCCUCCAUUUUCCCUUUCUUUCAUAUUCCAUUUUUUCUUAUUCCAUCAUUUUCCAUCAUUUCUUUUCUUUUCUUCUUCGUUAUUUUAUUAUUUUCUUUUUUUUCUUCUUCUUUAUUUACCUUCUCCUUUCGACAUCCAUCAUCAUCAUCAUCAUCAUCAUCAACUUCCAACAGCAACAACUCUCCUAUUCCUUUCUUCAUCAUCUUUCUCUCCUCCAUUUUCCCUUUCUUCUUUUCAUCUAUCAUCAUCUUUUCCUUCUUCUUUUUCUUUUUCUUUUCUUUUUAUUAUUUUCCUUUUCUUUUUCAUCUCAGCAACUCCUCCAUUCCUUUCUUUCUUCUUCUUUAUUUUCCUUUUUUUUUUAUCUCUACGUUAUUUUAUUCGUUCCAUUUUCUUCUUCUUCUUCCAUUUUCUUCAUUAUUUUCUUAUUAUUUUCCUUUUCUUUUUCAUCUACUCCUACGUUAUUUUUCAUUUUCUUCUUCUUCUUCUUCUUCUUCUUUAUUUACCUUCUCCCUUUCGACAUCCAUCAUCAUCAUCAUCAUCAACAACAGCAACAACUUCUUCUUCUUUACCGUCUCCUAUUCCCUUUCUUCAUCUACUUUUCUCACUUCCAUUUUCUUAUUUUCCUUUCUUUUUUUCCGUUAUUUUUCAUUUUUUCUUCUUUUUCAUCUUUAUUUACCUCCUUUCGACAUCCAUUAUUUUUCAUUUUCUUCUUCUUUCUUCGUCUUUUUUUUUCUAAUUUUUGUCGUUAUUAUUUUUUCUUUCGUUUUUUUCGUUAUUUUUUUUUUAUUUUUCUUCUUCCUUUACAUCCAUCAUUUCAUUUUUUUCCAUCUACUUUUUUUUUUUUUCUUAUUGUCCUUUUCUUUUCAUUGUUAUUUUCAUUUCUUUUUUUUUCUUCUUUUUUCCCUUCUUCUUUGUUUUCUUCAUUUUCUUCCCCGUUCGCUUUCUACUUUUCCUUCCUAUUUCCCUUCUGAUAGUCUUCGUCUUCUUCUUCUCCUUUUCCCUCUUCUUAUUACCCUCGUAUUUUUUUUCAUAUUUUUCCUUUUCCUUUUGCCUUUUUUCAUCAGCAUUAUCUUUCUUUGCAUCUAA